UCUUCCUUUAUUUCCUUCUCCGUAACUAUUCUUCCGUCUUUCUUAAAACGAUACGAACUCAACUCAGCCAUGACAUCACGAGGCCCUCCUACCACACGAUCGAGGAAGUCAACUCAUCGAAACUCAUUACCGGUCCCUGAUGACCUCGCUAUGGAGAUAUUCACGAGGCUGUCGGCGAAGGCCAUAGCCAGAUGUCGUUGCGCAUGCAAGUCCUGGUCCUCCAUGCUUCGAAGCCAAGACUUCACAGACUCCUUCUUGACCAAAUCUUCUACUCGUCCUCAGUUUCUCUUCGUAUGCCAAGAUCACUACAGUAACCAUAUCUCCUUCUCGUCAUCAUCAUCACCUCAUCCUCAAAAAGAAGAGAACUCGUCGUCGUCUUAUACUGUAACAGCCAAUCAUCUCGCACGUUUCCGAAGUUCCCACAUGUUACUCGGUUGCACGAACGGCUUCUUGUGUUAUGGAUUUAACCCAGUCUGGAAGGGGAGGAUAGAUCCAGUGAUAUAUAACCCCAUCACGAGACAGUCUCUGACCUUACCACGGUUGAAGUUGAGUAGUAAAAGGUUCCUCGGAAUAGUGGUAAGCUAUCUCGGAUACGACCCCGUUUCCAAAGAGUUCAAGGUGUUGUCAAUGGAAAGCUCCCGGGUCUCUGCGAACCACCAAGUUCUGACGUUAGGAACCAACAAGAAACUGUCGUGGAGGUCAGUCCAUUGUUCCACACCACAUAGUUCUUCAGGUAAGUGGAUAUCCAUCAGUGGUGUUCUUUACUACGCAGCUGGAGCCAACACCUCUUCAGUGACUUCCAUGGUAGCUUGUUUUGAUAUGAAUGUUGAGAAGUUCAGCUUUGUGAACUUCGGUAGAGUCAUGCACGGUUCGACAGUUCUGGUUGAUUACAAUGGGAAACUGGGUUUGCUUAUGUCUGGAGAUGCUCCAGGUGAUAAUAUUAGUCGAGCAAGUAAAAGUUUUGAGCUGUGGGUUCUACGAGACGGCGCUGAAUGGUGCAAGCAUUUAUAUGUGUUACCUCCUUUGUGGAAGGAUGUAGUUACGGAAACUAUGGGGAUUGCUGGAAUAAUAGUUGGUACAAAUGAAAUUGUCUUGGCGCCUUUUCUCCAAAACUCGCUUUCCUAUGUCAUCUACUUUAAUGUGGAGAAAAAUACACUAACAAAGGUUGGAAUCCAAGGAAUGGAAGCGUCUCGGGGUAAGAGAUUUGACAUCUAUAUCAACUAUGUUGAGAAUCUGAAGCUUCUUUAAGAGCUUUAUGAAAAUUUUAAGGGCUUUGUAAUUCGAGUAAAGAAUCAUGGCUUCUUAGUCAUCUUCUUUGGAUUUUUUUCUGCUUAGAUUAAUCGAGUUUAUUUAACUGGUUAGAUUUUUCUGUCAAACGUGUCACAUGACUCACAUUCUAUA